UUCACAUAAAAUAAUUUUCGUGUCUUAAAUUUUAAUCCUUCAGCGGCGAUAUGAGUCGCUUAACACGCCAAAAUAGCCGCAAUAGUAUUAUAACAGUUGAACUAAUUCAGUUUAUCAUACAGUACCGUGCCAAGGAGACCAAGAAAAGACGUCUUGCCGAUGAAGAUGAUGAACUUUCUGAAGUGCAACCGGAUGCUGUUCCGCCAGAAGUUCGUGAGUGGUUGGCUUCAACAUUUACACGACAAUUGGCAACAACACGCAAAAAAAACGAUGAGAAACCCAAAUUCCGUUCGGUGGCACAUGCUAUACGUGCUGGUAUAUUUGUGGAUCGUAUUUAUCGCAAGGUAUCAAGUACAGCAUUGUUACAAUUUCCAGCAGAAGUAGUCAAAGUACUUAAGACCUUGGACGAUUGGUGUUUCGAUGUUUUCGCUUUGGCAGAAGCAGCUAAUGGCCAACCUGUCAAAUAUAUCGGCUAUGAUUUGCUCAAUCGUUAUGGCAUUAUACAUAAAUUUAAAAUCGCCCCCGCUACUUUGGAAACCUUUCUCAAUCGCAUCGAGGAGGGCUACUGUCGUUAUCGCAAUCCAUAUCAUAAUAAUUUACAUGCGGCUGAUGUCACCCAAACAGUACAUCAUAUGUUGUGCCAAACUGGACUCAUGAACUGGUUGACAGAUUUAGAGAUUUAUGCCACUCUUUUGGCGGCUCUAAUUCAUGAUUAUGAACAUACUGGCACCACCAAUAAUUUCCAUGUGAUGUCAGGUUCGGAAACGGCUUUGUUAUAUAACGAUCGUGCAGUUUUGGAAAAUCAUCACAUCAGUGCCGCUUUUCGGUUACUCAAAGAUGACGACUGUAACGUGUUAUCCAAUCUGUCGCGCGAAGAAUAUCGCGAGCUAAGAACAUUAAUUAUAGAUAUGGUUUUGUCAACAGAUAUGUCCUUCCACUUUCAACAGCUCAAAAACAUGAAAAAUUUAUUGACGCUCAACGAGGCUACGAUCGACAAGUCGAAAGCUUUGGCCCUGGUCUUACAUUGUUGUGACAUUUCACAUCCUGCCAAACGAUGGAAUCUGCAUCAUCGCUGGACGAUGUUACUGUUAGAGGAAUUUUUCCGUCAAGGUGAUCUCGAACGUGAGCUGGGACUACCAUUUAGUCCACUUUGUGAUCGAAAUAAUACCCUAGUGGCUGAGUCUCAGAUAGGUUUUAUAGAUUUUAUUGUGGAUCCUAGUAUGUCGGUAAUGGCUGAUAUGUUAGAACAUGUUUUGGCCCCUAUAGCACCUAUGUGUAAAAAUGUCAAUGCCAGCAUAGAUGCUGGAGAUGUUCCUGUCGACGGACCAACCUCUAAUGCUAAAAACUCGCUGCGCAAUCGCUCAACAACAUGUGAGGCUAUUGAAGAGAGUAAUGAAAAUAAGACCGGUGAUGAUAAGCCGAUACUCCAGGGUACUGGAACUGGGGGUGGUAGCAGUAGUACAGCGGCAUCAUCAUUUAAACAAAAGUUUACUAUACGAAAACCAUGGAUUACAUGUCUAACGGAUAAUAAGAAAAUUUGGAAGGAACAGGCAAUAAAAGACGCCGAAGCUAGAGCAAUUGCAGCAGCAUUAGAAGAAGCAGACAAACCAGCAAUUGAGAAUUAAAUUGUUUUCUCACUCCCCACCCCAAAACACAAGCAGUAUCUUUUGAACAAAUCGUUCUUCAAAAAUAAAAUGUGACACACUUUGAAAAGCUCAAAUAUAAAUAUUAAAUUUUAAGAAAAUAUAUGAACAAAAUUUAUUAAUAAUAAUUUAAUUAAAAAUUAUUUUAAGAAUUUAUGGCAACAAGUUAAUAUAUAACUGUAACAACAAAAUAAGAAAUUAUUAAAAAUAAUAACAAAAACACCACAUAAAUACGCUUGAUAAACAUAUAAUCAUUAUUAUUUUUUUUUUGUAAAUUUAUUCAUUUGCAUUUCCCCCUAGUUUAACAAUUUAUUUGUAAAUAUAUAUAACAAUUAUAAAAUGCAAGAAAAAUUAAAAAAUACAGUGUACUAAU